AUGACCACCCCGGACAUCACCCUCUACACAGACAACACGCCCAACGGACACAAAAUCCCCAUUAUCCUCGAGGAGCUCGGCCUCCCCUACGAGCUCAAGCAGGUCAAUCUGCAAUCCGGCCAGCAGAAGGAGGAAUGGUUCCUCAAAAUCAACCCGAACGGCCAAAUCCCCGCCCUGACCGACGGCACCACGCGCGUCUUCGACAGCGGCGCCAUCCUCCUCUACCUGGCCGACAAGUACGAUGCAGACAGGAAGAUCAGCUAUAAGCACGGCACGCCCGAGUACAUCGAGCAGCUGAGCUGGAUCUUCUGGCAGAUCGGCGGGCUGGGGCCGAAAGGAGGCGCCGCCCUCGCCUUCUCAACCUUCGCCCCCGUGCGCAGCGACUACGCGAUCAACAAGUUCCUUAGUGAUUUCAAGGGCCUGCUUGGUGUGCUGGAGUACCGGCUCUCUGAGUCCGCGUAUCUCGCUGGGGAGAAGUAUACCGUUGCCGAUAUCGCCAGCUUCACGUGGGUGUUCCAGGGCGCGGCGGCGCUGGAUCUUGAUCUUGCGGAGUGGCCGAGUGUUAAGAGCUGGACGGAGAAGAUUGUGGCAAGGCCGGCUGUGAAGAAGGGUCUUGAGAUCCCUAAGCCUCCGUUUGAUCUUGAGCAGUUUCGGGUGUUUUUGAGGGGGCAGAGGGAGGCGCUGAUGAAGAAGGGGAAUGAGGAUGUGGAGUAG